CCCGAGGCUCACUGGGCAGAAGCGUACACAGAGAACAUUCCUGGGGGAACACGGAAACCUCUGGCUCACAGAGCCCAGGACUCCGGGAGAGGAAGCACUGCUCAGCGCUGGGCAGGAGCUUGGAGCAGAGCGGGAGGAGGGAGGAAGUGCCCAGGAGGGCAGUGACAUCACCGCCCAGCCCUUGAAAGAUGAGCCAUUGGUCGCCACUCCAGCUCAGCUCCCAUCCUCUUCUCAGAGAGCUAGGGACGGGUGGGGACAUCAGGCAGCCCCAGGACCCAGGAAACUGCCAAAGUGCCUGCACAGCUUGCUCCAGACAAGAACACCUGAGACUGAGAAAUUUAUGAAGGAAAAAAAGGUCCAGUUUGGCUCAGGAGGAUGGAAGUCCGAGGCUGUGGGACCACAAAGGCUGCUCAACUCCUGACAGAAAGCAGACGGGCAAGCAGAUCCAGGCCGGGCCUCGCCCUCGUCCUGCUCUGAGUCCAGAUGUUCUCCACCUGGAAGAGACCAGUGCUGCUCUCUGUGCAUGAGGACCCCAUGCCCACCACAGCCUCCCUCAGCACUGAAAUGCUCAACAUCACCUCACAAGCUCUCGAAUCUGCUCUUAACGGGACCCUUUCCCAGGACAGCAGCUGCCCCGACACCGAGUGGUGGGGCUGGCUCAAUGCCACCCAGGCCCCCUUCCUCUGGGUCUUGUUUGUGCUGGCUGCAGUCGAGAACGUCUUUGUCCUCAGCGUGUUCUGCCUGCACAAGAGCAGGUGCACUGUGGCCGAAAUCUACCUGGGGAACCUGGCGGUGGCUGACCUGAUCCUGGCCUGCGGGCUGCCCUUCUGGGCCAUCACCAUCGCCAACAACUUUGACUGGCUCUUCGGAGAGGUCCUGUGCCGGGUGGUGAACACCAUGAUCUACAUGAACCUGUAUAGCAGCAUCUGCUUCCUGAUGCUGGUGAGCAUCGACCGCUACCUGGCCCUGGUGAAGACCAUGUCCAUGGGCAGGAUGCGCGGGGUGCGCUGGGCCAAACUCUACAGCCUGGUGAUCUGGGGGUGCACGCUGCUCCUGAGUUCGCCCAUGCUGGUGUUCCGGACCAUGAGGGGGUACAGUGAGGAGGGCCACAAUGUGACCGCGUGCGUCAUCAUCUACCCAUCCCACACCUGGGAGGUGUUCACCAAUGUUCUCCUGAACUUGGUGGGCUUCCUGCUGCCCCUGAGCGUCAUCACCUUCUGCACGGUGCAGAUCAUGCAGGUGCUCCGGAACAACGAGAUGCAGAAGUUCAAGGAGAUCCAGACAGAGAGGAAGGCCACCGUGCUGGUCCUGGCCGUGCUGCUGCUCUUCGUCGUGUGCUGGCUGCCCUUCCAGAUCAGCACCUUCCUGGACACGCUGCUGCGCCUCGGCAUCCUCUCGGGCUGCUGGAACGAGCACAUCAUCGACGUCAUCACGCAGAUCAGCUCCUACGUGGCCUAUAGCAACAGCUGCCUCAACCCGCUGGUGUACGUCAUCGUGGGCAAGCGCUUCCGGAAGAAGUCCCGCGAGGUGUACCAGGGCACGUGCGGGAAAGGGGGCUGCGUGCCCGAGCCCGUCCCGGCGGACAACUCCAUGGGCACGCUGCGCACCUCCAUCUCGGUGGACCGCCAGAUUCACAAACUGUAGGACUGGGCGAGGGGCAGCCAGUGAACGGGCCCCGGGGCUGCUGCUGUUGUGCGCGAGGACGGACGGACAGCGGCUGUCCAGCACGGACCCAGCAAGGAGCUGGCGGCCUCCCGUGAUCUCGAGCAAUGAGUUGGUGUCUCAGGAAAAAUACAGGAAAGCGAUUCCCGCCCUCCCGGAUGGCAGUGCACAGCCCUGAUGAGGAGGUGACCUGGGCACAGCCAAGUGCCCCCUACACGCAACAGUAUUAUUGUCCCCUGCUGACCCUGCGGGGCCUGCUGCUGCUUCCCAGGAGCCGAGGGGAUCAGGGAGCAGGGGCAGGAGUGGCCGGGCCGGUGGUCCCUCCCUGCCUCAGUGUGACAGCUCAGGGCUCCAGAGAACAGUGGCCCAGCUUUGGUCUGUGGUGGAGUGCACAGCCGGACCUGGCUGCACUGUUGCCCUGGGUGUCAUUAAUCCAUGCAGCUAGGACUUUGGAGGAUGACUCUGCAGAUUAACGAAGGUUAAAUUCUUACAAAAACCCAGCGACCAUGAGCCUUUGGCUCUUCUCACCAUUCGACAUGUGGUCCAUGCAAAAGGAGAACCCAAUAAGCACUUAUUAAGCACUUGCUGUAUACACUGCACUGAAGAGUGGACCAGAGGAAAGCCUCUCUCUGAGCAUCCGCAGAACUCGGUUGGGAGUGCCUACAGUUCCGUGGCAUGGUGAGGCAAGAGGCUGCAGCAGCACAGACAGCAGAGCUGGGAGGGACCCGAGGUCCCAGUUUAGCUGACUGCUAGAUGCACAAUCUCCUGGUCCCUGCUUCCGUUUCCUCUUAUGUAACAUGAGGUCAUUGUGAGGACUGAAGAACGAGACAAGCAUAAAAGUCCUUUGAGAAGCAAAAGGUGCUGUGUCACUGUGAGAUGUCAUUCUGCACACCAAGUGGGAUGGAUUAUUAUAAGGAAAAGACUUUGAGGUUUGGAAUUCGCUCCUGGAGGAGAAUCAGACCUGGAAGCCAAGGUGGGCACAGCAGCUUCAGCAGGGGCUCAGUAGGGCUUGCUGGCCCCACCUGCCUUCCAUCGCCUGCCCCGCCCCCUCCCACUUUCCUCCCCAUCCCCCCACACACACACCCAAGCCUUUGAAAGGAGCCAUCCCUUCCGUGGCCGCAGGAGAGUGGUCUCUGGUAAGACUUGCUUGGGACAACAGUGCUCAGACCCUGGCCUCGGCCCCCACCUGUCUGGGGGUCCAGUCCUACUUCUCCCUUGUCCUGGUCUCAGCAACCAAGACUGCCAGUCAAUACUUUAUUCAAAGGUGCCCAGAGGGACCCAGAGAAGAGCUUGGGUGGGAAGCAGUGGAGCCGUCCAAGGGCCGAGACCCAUGAAGGUCGCUCACCCCAAGGCAUCAGCUUAUGGGACCAGCCUCCCUACACCAUGGGGAGUCCCACAGCCCUGGGUGUGCCAAGCCUGUACCCUCUGGGCUGCCCAGUCAGGGCAUGUGUGACCUCAGGGCAUGUGGAGACCCAGACCCACAUGUUGAACAGAUGGGAGGCUAAACAGAGGCCCGAGCAGGCCUUCCAUCAGGGGACUUGCUGCGUGUGCUCCCCUUAGGGCCAAGCACAGGGCCUGGCUGGGCUCUGCCACGGGACGCAGGCGAGGCUGAGUGCUGCAUGGCACACCGCCCCAGUCCCUGGGAUGCGCCUAAUUAUGUGCCUGCUGUGGCC